AUGGAUGACAGAAACGGCGACUUGUGGAAAAAACCACAUCAUUACGACACAAGAUCAAUAUCUUUGGAUGAUGCGAUCAACCGCGCAGAUCCUUUGCAAGGACAUCAAGGGAGCUCUGCAGAUAAUCCUGUAGCUUUGGGGCUCAAAUUAGUCGGUGUCGGCCUAAGUCAUACCUCUAGAAGGCCAUGGGCGGGGCCGUACGUCUCGAAGGCUCGAAACUUCUCCACAAACGACGUCGGAAGAGCCAACACGCAGCGCUCUAGGUCUUCAUAUACCAGUGGUGACAGUUAUUACGAUGGCAAACAUCUAACGUACGAUUCUAGCUCUGUUCCUAGCAAAGAAGUUGUAGAACAGAGUUUUGAUGACCUACUCGAGAGUAGAGCCUUUUUUUGGGGUGGUGCCAGAUCGGGACUACUCUCUCUUAGUCACGAGCGUAAAUGGCAACUCGUUUGCAAGGAGCAUCGCUUACGCGAAGGCAAUAAGCCGCUUAACGACGCCAAGUCUCCUCCAGAUGACACGCUAUUUGAUGCCCUCAAGUCAAAAGUAUACUCUCAUAAACUUGUGUCAGACAAUUUGUACGAAGUUGAGAAACUGCUACGAAGAAAUGACAUUUGCCAGUGGUUUUUACAACACAACGGAACGUAUCAUUUGGUAGAAGCCUGUGAUGGUCUUCGCUCAGAGGAUGUCUACGUUUAUCUGCGAUGUUUCAAGACCUUGAUGAAUCAUGAGAGCGGGAGAUUGGCAGUUGCAGACAACGAGAAAUUCAUACAGUACUUAUGCAGUGCUCUCGCACAACAGACAAUUCACCUCCGAGUAAACCUUUUGAGUGCCGAACUUCUUCUACUCUUGACUUUUGUCGAGAAUCAAAACUGCUCCGAUACAGUCCCCAGGCAUCUUAAACCUUUAUAUCCGCAAUGGUUUUCAUUCAUUGAGUCCUUGCUCGAGAACGGUGGUGCUGUAUAUGAUCGAAAACAGCUAUUACCGACAUUGAACCCACAACUAGUGCUCAAGGAUUAUUGUUUGACCUCGACAUUCCUCAUAAAUUCAGUUCUACAGGUAACAUCAUCCAGCGCAGAAAAAUUGAAGCUUGUUAAAGCUCUUCAGGAAUCCAAAGUUCACCGUAUUUUCCAUUUUAUGUCAAAGCUUGACUACCAAGACCUGACUAACGAAAUAGGCAAAUACACUUUUACUGAAGAGCAAAUUCUACGCGAAGCAAAUCCAGAUACACCUUACGAUUUUGACGUAUCAUAUGGCCAAUACUUAACCCUGAUUGUUCAGCAAACUCGGCAAAGCCCUUUGGAGCAUUGCACACAUCAAAUUUUUGAAACUCUGUCACAAACUUUGAUGACGCGCACAAUGUCGGAUAGUUUGAAAGCCUUGAAGUUAUUCUGCUCAGUGCUACACUAUUUGAAAAACUAUACUUACGGUGAAGAAAAUGUCAACAUCGAGUCUGUCAUUAACCUUUCACUCAAUCAGCUGGUAGACAAUCUUCAGUCAGAUGAAAUUGCUCAAAGAGCUCUGGAUGAACUGACAAAUGCGCAGAAGAGUCUCGAGAAAUUAGAACUAGAAAAUGAAGCGCUGCGCCAAGAGAAAAAUGUGUCCAAAGGAAGCUUGCUGAUAGAUUUGCAGAAAAUUAAAAACGAGCUCAGCGUGAAGCAAAGGCUCAUCGAGUCUUUGAAGAAGGACCUGGAUCUUAGUAACAAUCAAAGGAGAAACGAUAAAAAGGAGUUCGAUAAAGCUGUUGCAAACAAGAAGACAGCGCCUCCGUCCAGAGCAAUUACACUGGGCGCCUUUGAUCACAUAAAGAUGAAAGCGAGGAAAGAUAACAUGUCUGGCGUCGCACGAAGUAGCUCUUUAUCCAGAAGUGCCAGAAUAACAUCUUUGUCAGAUUUGGUCGACGCAUUUCACGGUGAUUCUAAGGUGUUGCCAAAGCUAGCGGCUAAUCAGUCUACCGCGGGUUUUCACGUUCAAGCUCCCUCUAAUAAUUCCGACGAUGAAAGAGAGAAAAAACCGGAAGGCGAUUCUCAAGAAACCUCUGUCUCGCGUAGAAUACACGCUACAGGCGCGGAAAGAGGUGGCUCGACUUGCCAACAGGUAUUCGAUGCGGAAAGUUCGAAAUUUCGAACAGAAACAACUGUUUUCAAUGCCUCCAAUUCAUUUGGUAUUAGAUCCGAAGGUCUGACUGACAGCCCUUUGCACAUGGUACCUUCUUGUGGAGAGGUAAGCACCAAUGAUGUAGAUCCUGUCAGUUCAAAUCAUAUCUCAGCGAAGAUGGAAGACCUGAUACCCUCCCAGUAUUUGGUAACAAGACAGGUGAAAAUGGAUAACCAAAGUUUUGAAGGCAUAGAUCAACCUACUGCUGCAACCCCAGCACCACCAGCACCUCCUCCUCCUCCGCCACCACCAUUGCCCCCGACUUUACUCUCUUCUGAGCCUGGAGAAAAGGAAGGCAUUAACGGUGGCCGAAACACCGCAAGCAAAGUAGUUACACCAGCUGGUACUUCAUCAGUUCCUCCCCCGCCUCCGCCUCCUCCCCCGCCUCCCCCUCCACCUUUACCAUUGAUUUCGAAGAAAACGACCAACAGCUCAGAGCCCCCUAUCUCAAGUGAUCAGCCAAAGAAAGCGAGCAACGGUAAUUCUCAACCAGUUGCUUCACUGGAGUCUUUAAACCCUGGACUGUUGAAGGUGUCAUCUCAAGCGGCAGGCGCUCCCACAGACCAGCUUCGUCUAAAGCAGAUUCACUGGGACAAAAUCGAGAAUGUUGCAGAUACCAUCUGGAAUCAAGAAAACGAUCGACAGGACGUCGCAUGUCAUUUGAAGACUACUGGUAUUCUUGAAGAAAUUACCCAAUUAUUUCAAGUUAAACAAGCCAGUGCUAUAAAGACUAAGGUAAAAAACACUGAUGGAAACGGUAGAGUAUCAAUACUUGCUAGGGACUUGGCCCAUCAGUUUGGCAUUAACUUGCAUAUGUUCUCAAAUCUGUCGGUCGAAGAAUUUGUACUAAAAGUACUGCAUUGUGACCGCGAGAUUAUCAAUAAUCAAAGUGUCCUUGAGUUCUUCGCCAGAGAAGAUCUUGGCAACAUCCCUCAUAGUAUGGCCAUGAGAUUUGAACCAUACUCUACAGAUCACAAAACUAAGAAAGGCUCAGCGGCUGACAGCGGAAAGCUGGAGCGUGCCGAUCGUAUAUUUCUAGAGCUUUGUUUCAACCUACGAAAAUACUGGCGGAGUAGAUCGACAUGUCUUCUGACCCUGGCAGUCUACGAAAAAGACUACUUCGACAUCAUGUACAAAUUGCAGAGGAUUGAUGAUGCUGUGAAUGCUAUGAAAUCGUCAAAACGAUUGCAAGACGCUCUGAUGGUGAUCGUUGAAAUUGGAAAUUAUAUGAACCGUAAACAAGCGCCUGGUAUCAAGAUCAGCUCCCUACAAAAGCUCUCUUUUGUUAAGUCUAGUGCCGAUAGUCACACGUCGUUGCUGCAUGUCGUUGAAAGGUUUCUAAGAAUCAAAUGCGGUGACACUUACGGAUUUGUAGCUGACUUGGCAAAAGUUAUGGAAUUAAGAAAUUUGGUGGUCGGCCAAAUUGAACAGGACUGUCAGGAAUACCUUAAACGCAUCACUGCCAUGGCGCAAUCGCUACAACAGGGACGGCUUUCCGAUGCGAGCUUGCUCCAUCCUGAGGAUCGACUGUUAGUGAAGAUGGGCCCAAAAGUGGUAGCGGCUACGCGGAAAGCUAACUUAUUGCGGAACCAAUGUGCACUGACCAUGCGUGGGCUAGAGAACCUGAUGAAAAUGUACGGAGAAGACCAUCGAAACGGGGACGCCAAGAACGAUUUUUUCCAUCAUUUUGCCGAUUUUGUUCAGCAGUUCAAGAAGGCCGCGAAGGACAAUUUGGAAAAAGAGGAAGUGGAACGCAUUUACAAGCAGCGCAAAGACUUUCUCCAGAAUAAGUCUGCAAGCGAAACGGGUAGUCGUCAAGGUGACUCUGCAAGCGAGGAAGAAGAAUGUGACACAGUGGACGUUUUGAUCAAGAGAUUACGUGGUCUCACCCAGAAGGACGAACGAGCUCAUUCAAAACGCAAGUGCGACAAUAAGUUACUAGCUAGGACCCAGGACGUGCUCAACAGCAUACAGAAGAUAUGA